AUGUUUAUUAAUGCGACAACUGCUGGCAAGCAUGAUGAACAACGUGCGAAAUCUACUGCUGCAGGCAACCUGCUAGGCGAUGGUGAUCAUUUCCGAUUUGGGCCUACAAUCUUUUCGAACUAUGCUGUGUUACCGAAAAUAGGCAGUGGUGACCUGAGCAAACGAAGUUCCAGUUCAGCAUUCUCUAUUUUACCGUUGGGUAUUUUCGGCGGUCUGGAUGAAAGUAGUCUAUCAGCAUACAUGUUGGCUCCAAUCAAUUCUGACAGAUACAUCUGCCUCGAUGCCGGUACUAUUCGAUAUGGCCUCAAAGCUGUACUACAAAAUGACGAAUCGAGAAGGCUCUUUCCUGGUGUGCAACCUGGCGACGAAGAUCAAGUUCUUCAACAGAAUAUCAAGGCGUACCUAAUAUCACAUGGUCAUCUCGAUCAUACAGCUGGCAUGAUUCAUAACUCACCAAAUGAUCUGCGUGCCAAUGGAUCGAACCCUUCUAAAAGUAUCUACGGCAUCAAAGAAACAAUCGAUGUUAUCCGAGAUCAUUUGUUCAAUGGUAAAGCAUGGCCAAAUAUGGGAAAUGCAGCUCCUGAAUCAAAUCCUGAAACUUUCCAGAUCAAAACCUAUAAGUAUGAAGUUCUGAAACCAAACACGUUUCCACAGUUAAUCGACCAAACAAACAUGAAAGUCACUGUAUACAAGCUAAGACACGUUUUUCCCGUUUUGAGCAGUGCGUUCCUCGUCGAACAAUCUGAAUCAUCGUCGACAGCACCAGCCAUUUUGUAUCUAGGAGACACUGGCAGCGAUGAAUAUGAAUAUGAAGACAAAGACAAGACCCAAAAGUCGACUUACAUGAAAACGCUUUGGAAACAAAUUGCUGAAAAAAUGAUGUCGAAAGCCAUCGAUCUUCGAGCCGUAUUUAUUGAAGUAUCUUACAUGAAUAGUCAACCAACAAACCUGCUCUUUGGUCAUCUAACGCCCAAACUAUUAGCUGUUGAGCUCGAUAUUUUGAGAACAAAAUUAGGUGGUGGAAACGAAAGGUUAUUGGAUAAUGUAAUCAUCAUUCCCACACAUCAAAAACCCGAUAAAAAUCUUAUUACAAUUCGAGAAGAAAUCCAAAAAGAACUGUCGUUAAAAAAAUAUAAAUUUUAUUUUCCACAACAAGGUGCCGUAUUCUAUGUUUAA